CUUCUCCUGCCCUCUUCCCUUUGGCUGCCCCCAUGGACGUGCUCGGCCACAUGGAGAUCCCCGAGGGCUCCCUCUGCUCGCUGUCGGCCGCAGAUGACUUCUACGACGACCCCUGCUUCAACACGACCGACAUGCACUUCUUCGAAGACCUGGACCCGCGGCUGGUGCACGUGGGAGGCCUGCUGAAGGCCGACGAGCACGGCCACCACCACGGCCACGAGGACGAGCACAUACGGGCACCCAGCGGGCACCACCAGGCCGGCCGCUGCCUGCUCUGGGCCUGCAAGGCCUGCAAGAGGAAAACCACCAACGCCGACCGCCGCAAGGCAGCCACCAUGCGCGAGAGACGGCGGCUCAGCAAGGUCAACGAAGCCUUCGAGACGCUCAAGCGCUGCACCUCCACCAACCCCAACCAGCGCCUGCCCAAGGUGGAGAUCCUGCGCAACGCCAUCCGCUACAUUGAGAGCCUCCAGGCGCUGCUGCGCGAGCAAGAGGACGCCUAUUACCCCGUGCUGGAGCACUACAGCGGCGAGUCGGACGCCUCCAGCCCCCGCUCCAAUUGCUCCGACGGCAUGCUGGAUUACAGUGGACCUCCUUGCAGUUCUCGCAGAAGGAAUAGCUAUGAUAGCAGUUACUAUACAGAAUCACUAAGUGAUUCACUGAUCUCCUUGUCCUUAGAUGCAAAGCAAGGGAAGAGUUCGGUUGUUUCCAGCCUAGAUUGUUUAUCAAGCAUUGUGGAGAGGAUUUCCACGGACACCUGUCCCACCCUGCCCCCCGUUGAAAGUGGAACCGAGGGGAGCCCUUGCUCACUCCAAGAAGGGGCCAGCCUGAGCGACACUGGAGUCCAAAUCCCUUCCCCAACUAGCUGUCCUCAGCUCUCUCAGGACACUUCCAGCAAUAGUGCCAACAAUCCAAUCUACCAAGUGCUAUAAAGCCUCAGUAGACAACUAUUAUGAUGUUGGCUCAAAGGCAGCCGCCAAAUCAACUGAAACCUGCCUUGGAAGGACUGGG